UAUUGUUGUAUUCACAUACUCGUGGAACUUAGAGAAUCAAGACAUAAAGUAUUUAAAACAUAUUUACUGAUAUCGCCAGAAUUAACAGUCAGUCUAACAGCAGAUAUCAGCACAAUUAACUGACAUUGUUAUUCGUCUGAUAUUAUGAAAAAGAUUAAACAUGAGGAUUUGUGUGGACUUAGCGCUUUUUCUGUAUAUAAAUUCAGUUUGUGGAUUCACAUCAAAUCAUUUUAUGGAGAGACUGAAUUAUAUUGAAGACAGAAUUAAUGUAGAAAGCAAGUUCAGAAGAGAUGACUUUAGUACUCUGUUCAAUGAAAUAGGUUCCGUAAAAUCAAUGUUACAACAAUUAAUGGAGAAUAAAGCUGAAGGACAAAAUAAUGUCGAUGUCCAGACUACAUACAAAACUGAUUCAGAGGUAGUGGAACAAGUUCUAAUGUUGACAAAAGGCUUCGAAGAAGAGAAAAUAUUGAAUACUCGAUUCCGAAGAGAAAUUCCAGAGUUACAGAAACAGGUUCAAAAUCUGAAAUUCAGAACUGACCAAAUUUCAGCAAGUCUGGAAGACAUACUAAACGGAAUAGAGUUUCUGAAAAACCACAAUCGAGAAAGGGAAGAAACUUUUAAUCUGCUGGAAAACGAAAUACCUAAAUUAAAAAAAAAUAUCCAAGACUUGCAUGAUGAAAUCCAACAAACAAAGGCUUUGGAAUCAGAAAAUUUUGACAGAAUAAAAAAUAACUCAGAGGAGUUGAAAGAAAACAUUGAACAUCUUAAACAUGCUCACGAACUGUGUUUGGAAAAUAUUGACAAGAAAAUUAAUCUGACAAAAAAGCUGGAAGAAAAAUUUGUUUACAGAGAAAAUUUUACAAAAACAGAUUCUAAAACUGAAUAUAAUAAGUGCGACUGCUCAUUUCCCUCGGGUUCGGUAGCUAGCACACAUGCUUCCGCUGGCCUGAAGACGACAUACAGCUCAUGUUUGGAACUAUAUGAGAAUGGAUUUAAGUCUAACGAUGUUUAUGUGAUUGCAGUUGAUCAAGAAAGAAAAGUAUCUGUCUAUUGUGACAUGACUACCGAUAAUGGAGGAUGGACCGUAUUCCAACGACGUCAAGAUGGAUUUGUUAAUUUUUACCAGAACUGGAAUGCUUACAAAAUUGGGUUUGGCAUUUUGACUGGAGAAUUUUGGCUUGGAAACGAAUACUUAAGCCUAAUGACUGAAAACGACGAACCACACGAGCUGAGAAUAGAUCUAGAAGACCACGACGGAAAUCAUGCUUUUGCCAAAUACAGCAGUUUCAAGGUCAGGUCAGGAAGACAAAACUACAAACUAGAAGUGCGUGGUUAUACGGGAAAUGCUGGUGAUUCUCUUAUCAGUUCUGAUACAGGUUACGGCCCACAUAAUGAAAUGGAAUUUACCACCAAAGACAGAGAUAAUGACAAUUCUUCAAAUACAAAUUGUGCAUCACUGUGGAAAGGAGCAUGGUGGUUCAAUCAAUGUUAUGAUUCACAUUUAAAUGGUCCUUAUCGUUACAAACCGAAGUGUAAAAAGGAUUAUAAAUGCGUUAUCUGGUAUACAUGGAAAGGUUCACAAUACUUUCUGAAGUUUACUGAAAUGAAAUUUAGAUAAGAUCUUGCUUGACUUUCUAAGACAAAAGUUACACAAAGUAUGUGUUCGAUAUAAAUAUUAAAAUAACCCGAUGUAUUUUGCCAUUUUGAAGUUGCCAUUGGCCCAUUGCAGAUGACCAUUGCAUAUCAAACAAACAAAUGUUCACAUGUAAAAGUGUCUACUUUACACUUGUUGUUACGUCCUCUUUAAUGUGUUAUGUCUUGUUUGGUAUAAACGUUUUUGAUAUAUGAGGGUUUUUUUUAAAAAUAUGUAUCACUGUAUGAAACAAAAAUGAUCUUUCAAAAAGAGUAAGGCAUUUGAGACGCUUUUGAAAUUUGACAUUUUUCAUAGGAUUCUACAAGUAACAAGUAUUUAAUACCACUUUGAUCUUCUUUUCAUGCCGCAUUUCAUUGCAUAUAUACAAAUUACAACCCAGUCUGUUAAAAUGAAGAUACUCAAAAUGUACAUUUCAGUUGUAAGAGAGUAGCUUUAAAACUGUAUUCGAAUUUUGAAUGUUACCUUUUUUUUCUAAAUGAUUACUAUGAAACCAUUUGAUUUCAUUUCAUUGAUAUAAGUUUUGUUUGUUCAUUCUUAUUUGAGGAAGCUUGAAUUCUUUAAUAACAUGCUUUAAGCAUACAUUUUGUAACUGAAUUGCUUAAUUUAUUUCCUUUUUUGUUAUUUGAUUUUGCGGAUCAUUAGAACCAUGACAAUCAUUAAAAUUAAUGUCCAUGUAUUGUAUAUCCAUAGAUGUAAAUAUAUUGUUAAUGUACUUCGUCUAAGCAGUGUACAAUAUAGCAGAAAUAACUAUGUGAAAUCUGGUAUAUGAAUUAACAUGCUGAUGAAUAACACGUUUCCAUUAUAAUUACUUUAUUCAGAGUUACACGUCAAAUUGAAUAAUUAGUCUUAGGGGGCUGUGGUGUAGUUGACUGUAUAAAAAUCACUUAUGUAUCGUAUAAUUAAUGUAUUCACCUUUUUAAUAGACAUUGAUUCGUCGUAGGUUGAUUACAUGUUCAGGUGUAUUUUAGAAAAAAAAUGGUAUAAUAUAAAUACUAUAGGUAAGGGUUUGAUAAUAUAUCAUCCUUGCUUGAGUUAGUUACAUGACUUCUAGGCAAGGAUAGGCUAGACAUUCUGUUACGAAUACAAAGCCACAGACUGUCGUUACAUAUUUCUAUCCGGUGGUCCUAUUGAAGCUUAAAGUAAAAUAGCGCCCUCUUGUGUAAAAACAUGAUACCAGAACAUAUGCUUCGGUGUCGCAUACUGCUAAGGGACACGAGACAUAGUGCGUAAUUACAUAUUAAGAUUAUUUUGAAUUGAUUUAGUACGAAUGAGCGUCGUUCAACGAUGAAUGUCUCUCUAUUUGAACACUUAACAUAUGGCAGCAAACACACAAGCCUGAUAGAGUAACCAAUCUGACUAAAGUACAUAUCCUAUUACCGCUACGCUGAUCGUAAGAGGCGACUAAUAGGGUCUUAACACUUGGUUUUGCAGUAACUCUGUGAUUCUAGCAGGUAUGCAGAUUUUGAUUCCAUACCUCAUGUUUUUAUUUCGAUGUAAAUGAGAUGUGGAACCAAAAUUUGCAGUCCUGUUUGGCGCCAUAUAACCUAUACUGUGUUGGUGCGCCGUAAAACCCAAAUAAAUAAAUAAAUAAAUAAAUAGGAUCUGAACACGAGCUAUUGAUAGCCUCGUUUUGACGACCCUUCCGCUAGCCAAUCAAAAGCUAACUUACAACAUUCUGCAAGCUUAAAAAAGCCUUGGUUUUUGCUAUCUACAAUUCUUAUGUCGUAAGAGGUCAGAUAGCCGGUUAGCUCAGUCGGCAGGGCACUUGCUCUGUCAGCGAGGGGUCCCGGGUUCGAACCUUGGACAGUCUGCAAUUUUUUCUUACUCUUUGACAUUCGAACAAGUCAUCUGAUUGGUUCAAAUAAAAAUAGAUUUGCGAAAAUAAAAAAAGCAAUAUUGGAAAUCCAAAAUAUACAGAAGACGAAUGUGAAUGGGUCGUUCUCAGAUCUUCGUUUAGAAGAUCAAGUACUUUAGUCAGAUUGAUAGAGUAACUAAACUAUCAUAAUAUUAAACGAAUGACUAAUAAUGUAUCAUUGCAGCAUGAAAAUGUCAGAAUGCAAGCUGUUAUAUUUAAUUCAAUUUUGAUAUAAAAUUGCUACUUGUAAAUGGUAUACAAGACGUUUUUUACGCGUGAUAAUAUGACUGUGAUGUACAGAAUUUAGCAUUUCAAUUGUCAAAAUCAUGACCUCAUCACGUGGCAUGAACAUGACUGUAACAAAGCAAGAUGUAGUAUUUUGCACCAGUAUUGUUCCUUAGUGUUUUGUAAUUUACCGUAGCGGUGCCCACAGUGUUCAUUCAGUUGUUUCUUUCCUCCGUGUUCUGAACCUGGUUGUUCAUACUUUGUCAUUUUCUGCAAACGUAAGACAAGCAACGGAUUAUGUAGUUAUAACUCAUGACAAUAGAAUCGACUGCUGACAAUAAAGCAACUCGUAGAAAAGCUGCUGCUCUACAUACUAAUAUUAAUAUUGCCACAUAUUAGUACAUGGAAGCCCGCCUGCUUAGCUCAAUAGGGAAAGCGCAUAUCUACUAAUCGCGGGGUCGUAAGUUCGAUCCCUGAACGCGGCGUAUGUUCCCUGUGAGGAUUUGAUAAAAGACAUUGUGUCUGAAUCAUUCGUCCUCCACCUCUGAAUCAUACAUGUGGGGAAGGUGGCAGUUGCUUGUGGAGAACAGGUUUGUACUGGUACAGAAUCCAGGAACACUGGUUACAUUACCUGCCGGCCGUUACGUAACGUAACUGAAAUAAUGUUGAGAAAUAACGUUAGACCCAAAUCAAACAAAACAUGAAUUGUACUGAAACAGAGGGAUAUCUACUUACAUAGCAGUUCUUAACAAGUAUUUUAAUAGCCUAAAAGGAAGCAAUACUAGCACAUCAAAUCUAAGAUGGGGUGGAAAUGAUACAUAUAAGCUAUAAUUUCGAAGAUCAAGACAUCAGUCUUUUUAUAAGACGAGUAUGUGUAAACUACUAGCAAGUGCUUUGUGUGUGGGAAAGUUCUCUGUUUAAUGAAAAAAUACAGUAAUCACAGAAUAUGGUUAAAUUACGAAGAUACCUGAGUCAGUUCAUUGUAGAACCUCUAUUAACGGCACAUCCGAACCACUAAGAACAUCAUCAAAAGCAGGCAUUUUCUUUCAUAUUUUAUAUAAUGUUUCAUAAAUUAAUCGUUGCAAAGCAACAUUCUAUAGCUAUAAUUGUUCUGUAUAAGUCACGGUGGCCAAAACAGACUAUAACAUCGAUAUUUUAUUAAAAUGAAUUUUCAUAGCAAUUAUUAUUUGAAAUAUGAAAAUACCUAUCAUUGAUAAAAGAUAUCUUCUACAGGGGGAAAUGUUUAUUGUAUGGUACAUAACCCAUGAUAGUUACUUUUGUCAUAUUUAUGUAUUGUUAUUACAAGAAUAUCGUGUAAAUUGUCCUGUUGCAAUUAAAAUGCAUCGGUGAUUCUUGCUAUAAAUGUGCAGAAUAUUAAUUCUAAUAAACCAUUACGUUCUGUCA